CGGCUGUCUGACGUCAUCUCUGCGCGACACGUCUACUCGCAGAAAACUGCCCCAGCUGUCUGAACUGACAACCAAAAGUUCCCAACACAAAGCGUGUCGGUUUCUUGAACACAUGCAGAAAAUAUUUAGUGUCCGCUUUUCUGGUUUGACCUGAAGGAGUUUGCACUACAGUCGAAGUUAAAAACCAAACGACGAGAAACUGUUGGCACCCGAAAACGGAAGCGUGCCAGCAUGAAUGAAGAAGAGCUGUUGGAAUACUUCCGCGGCCAGCUGAAGCAGGACCCUGACGUGGCGUCGGCGGUAGCUGCCAUCCGCACGCUGCUCGAAUUUCUCAAGCGAGAUGAAGGUGAGACUCUCCUGGGCCUGAGGGAGAACCUGACGUGGGCCACCGACCGCCUGACCAGCGUGGACUCAUCGGUGGCCGUAUCAUCGGGCGGCGAGCUCUUUCUACGCUUUAUCAGCCUCACUUCGCUUGAACACCAGGAAUUGUCACGCUGCAAGAAAGUGAUGGAGGAGCGCGGGCAGCUGUUUGUGGACAAGAUCUCCAUGUCCAGGGGCAAAGUGGCCAAGCUGUGUCACACCUUCAUCAAGGAUGGAGCCAAAAUCCUGACACACUCGUACUCGCGGGUGGUCCUCAAGGUACUGGAGAAGGCGGCGGCGGAGAAGAAACGCUUCUCUGUCUUUGUCACAGAGUCGCAGCCCGACGGCGCUGGGCGACGGAUGGCGGAACACCUCAGAAAACUCAACGUUCCUGUCACGAUCAUCCUGGACGCCGCCGUGGGGUACAUCUUGGAGAAGGUGGAUCAAGUCAUCGUGGGCGCCGAAGGUGUGGUGGAGAGCGGCGGCAUCAUCAACAAGAUUGGCACCUACCAGAUGGCGGCGUGCGCCAAAGCCCACAACAAAGCGUUCUACGUGGUGGCCGAGAGCUUCAAGUUUGUGCGCCUCUACCCGCUCAACCAGCAGGAUGUGCCCGACCAGUUCAAGUACAAGGCUGACACGUUGAAGAGUAGAUCCAACCUGUCGGAGGAGCACCCCCUGGUGGACUACACGCCGCCCUCGCUCAUUACGCUACUCUUCACCGACCUGGGCGUCCUCACGCCGUCGGCGGUUAGCGACGAGCUCAUCAAGCUCUAUUUAUGAAACAUCAAUAAAAAGAAAAAAAUAAAUC